CGCGUGUUGGACGUUCUUUUUCUCGAAGUCCUUCAGCCUGUCUUUCGACACCACCUCCCCCGUUCUUCACCCACUCCUUCCCUCUGCCCUUCCGCUGCUGCUGCCAUCCGACGAGGUCUUCCAAAGACACCUCGGCCAAAGCUCAGCUUCCUCCGUCUACAACUUGCACCAAUACCCCGCCUCUACUUGUACUAUCGACUUUUGUGUAGAUACUGCGGUCAUCUUCCAUUUAUCCUCCUGAAAGAUCCUACUCAUUCGGCAUUGUGCAUUGCGACAGACAUACGUCCCAGGACUUCGACGACAGAAAAACCAUUCGACACCACCAACGACCUUGAGCCAGAGCAACAACACCCAUUGCGACAAUCUCUCGAUAAGCCUCAGGCUUGACCACAGCCCAUUGCAACAACCCAACGAAAAAACGUGCUAUACCAUACUAUCGCGUAUAUUUUGAGUCUCUGAUCUUGAAAACCCACUGCAGCGACAGAUCUUCGCUCACCAUGGACACAAAAUUCGACGACUCCUACGCCGCGAUGCGGAACGGUAGCACAGGCCGCAAAGUCAGCGUGGCAUCGAAAGAAGACUUUCGACGACGUAUCUCCACCCGUCCAGAGGAUGCUGAGCAGGCUGAUGAACUGCUGGCGGCGUUGGGAUAUACUUCUGAACUCAAGCGGUCUCGUUCGACGUGGGGUGUGGCUUUCAUGUCGUUCGUGCUGGCUUCUGUGCCGUACGGAUUGUCGACUACGCUGUACUAUCCGCUCACGGGCGGUGGGCCGGCGACGGUCAUUUGGGGUUGGGUUGGGGUUUGUGCGUUGAUGGGUUGUGUGGCUAUCUCUUUGGGAGAGAUUACUUCGGUCUACCCAACUGCCGGCGGAGUCUACUACCAAACCUUCAUGCUCUCCCCCAAGAACUGGCGUAAAAUGAUGGCCUGGAUCACCGGCUGGUGCUUCGUGCUCGGUAACAUUAUCAUCACCCUCUCCGUCAACUUCGGUACGACUCUCUUCAUCAUCGGCUGCGUCAACAUCUUCCAAGACGGCGAGGGUACCGGUAUCUGGACACCUCAACCCUACCAGACUUGGCUCGUCUUCGUGGCUAUCACCUUCGUCUGCAAUACCGUGUCCGCGCUGGGAAACAAGUGGCUUCCCAUCUUGGAUACCUGCACUAUCCCAUUCACCUUCGUCGGUGUACUGGCCAUCAUCGUCUCCGUCCUCGCCAUUGCCGCUGGAGGACGUCGUGAUCCUAGUUUCGGAUUCGGUGGAUUCGAACCCAUUUCCGGCUGGACUCCUCCCGGCUGGGCUUUCUGCAUCGGUCUGCUACACGCUGCGUACGCCACAUCCGCUACUGGAAUGGUCGUCUCCAUGUGCGAGGAAGUCCAGAAACCCGCGACUCAAGUCCCAAAAGCCAUGGUCGGCGCGCUGUUCAUGAACUUCUGCUGCGGCUUCAUCUUCCUGGUCCCGCUGUGCUUCGUCCUUCCCGACCUGAACGUCUUCCCCGCCGACGUCUUCGCCCAGCCCUUGCCCGUCAUCCUCCGGUUCUCCAUCGGCAACGAAGCCGGCGCAUUCAUCCUCACCGUGCCGAUUAUCAUACUUGGAGUCCUCUGCGGUACGAGCUGCACCACCGCCGCCUCCCGCUGUACCUGGGCGUUUGCUCGUGAUGGUGCCAUUCCCGGUUCCAAGCGUCUUGGCUUCGAGCGGGUGAAUGAUAAGUUGGGCAUGCCGCUGAAUGCUAUGAUGCUCAGCAUGAUUAUUCAGAUUGCGUUGGCGCUUAUCUACCUUGGAUCGACGGCUGCUUUCAACGCUUUUAACGGUGCUGGUGUCAUUUUCUUGACGCUGAGCUAUGUUAUUCCUGUGGCGAUUUCGUUUUUCCGAGGGAGGUCGAAGACGCUGGUUGGUGCGAAGUACAAUUUGGGUAUUUUUGGGGCUUUUUGCAAUGUUGUGUCGAUUGCUUGGUGCGCCUUCGCCAUUCCGCUUUUCUGCAUGCCGUCUUUCCUGCCCAUCACAAAGGAACUGAUGAAUUACGCCUCGGUCGUGUUCGUGGCGGGGAUCGCGGCUUCGGCGCUUUCGUAUGUGUUCUAUGGCAGGACACAUUAUUCUGGACCGAAGGUUGCGGAGGAGUUGAUCUCGGAUUAG